AUGAAGCAGCUCUGUGCUCUCACUAUUUCAUUUUUGUUUCUGAAGUUUUCUCUCAUCUUGUGCUGUUUGACUGAAGCAAGUUGCUUUUGGAGGAUAAAGAAUAGUGAAGAUAAUGAUGGAGAUUUGCAAAGGGAAUGUCAUUUUUACAUUGGGGCAGCUGAUAAACCAAUUGAUGAUAAUUUUUAUAAUUCACUUUUAAAUUUUAGAAUUGCAGCAAGUGAAUAUGAGUUUCUUCUGGUAAUGUUUUUUGCUACUGAUGAGAUCAACAAGAAUCCUUAUCUUUUACCCAACAUAACUUUGAUGUUCUCCAUCAUUGGUGGAAACUGUCAUGAUUUAUUGAGAGGUUUGGAUCAAGNAUAUACACAAAUAAAUGGACGUAUGAAUUUUGUUAAUUAUUUCUGUUAUUUAGAUGAUUCAUGUGCCNUAGGUCUUACAGGACCAUCAUGGAAAACAUCCUUAAAACUGGCAAUGCAUUCUUCGAUGCCACUGGUUUUCUUUGGAUCAUUUAAUCCUAAACUACGUGACCAUGACCGGCUGUACCACGUCCAUCAAGUAGCCACCAAGGAAACACAUUUGUCCCAUGGCAUGGUCUCCUUGAUGUUUCAUUUUAGAUGGACUUGGAUAGGACUGGUCAUCUCAGAUGAUGANCAGGGUAUUCAGUUUCUCUCAGAUUUAAGAGAAGAAAGCCAAAGUCAUGGAAUCUGUUUAGCUUUUGUUAAUAUGAUCCCAGAAAACAUGCAGAUAUACAUGACAAGUGCUACAAUAUAUGAUAAACAAAUUAUGACAUCUUCAGCAAAGGUUGUUAUCAUUUAUGGUGAAAUGAACUCUACACUAGAAGUAAGCUUUAGAAGAUGGGAAGAUUUAGGUGCUCGGAGAAUCUGGAUCACAACCUCACAAUGGGAUGUCAUCACAAAUAAAAAAGAAUUCACCCUUAAUCUCUUCCAUGGGACUAUUACUUUUGCACACCACAGAUUUGAGAUUCCUAAAUUUAAAAAAUUUAUGCAAACAAUAAACACUGCCAAAUACCCAGUAAAUAUUUCUCAUACGAUAUUGGAGUGGAAUUAUUUUAAUUGUUCAAUCUCUAAGAACAGCAGUAAAAUGGAUCAUAUUACAUUCAACAACACAUUGGAAUGGACAGCACUGUACAACUAUGAUAUGGCGAUGAGUGAUGAAGGUUACAANUUGUAUAAUGCUGUUUAUGCUGUGGCCCACACCUACCAUGAACACAUUUUUCAACAAGUAGAGUCUCAGAAAAAGGCAAAACCCAAAAGAUAUUUCACUGUUUGUGAGCAGCAGAUAUGGAACAGUGUGUGAAGUGUCCAGAUGAUAAGUAUGCCAACAUAGAGAAAACCCACUGCCUCUCAAGAGCUGUAUCAUUUCUGGCUUAUGAAGAUCCAU